CCCGCGUCUCCAUCCCCUCAGUCCACCGCUGUGCGCCGCUGUAUCGGCUGUUCGUGUUGCCCGCUGCUCUCACCUCAUUCCCGGCUUUCUUCACUGGGGAACACCGCUGGUUCUUACUGUGUCCGUGGAGCAUUAUGGAGAAGAUGAGUCCCCGGUACCGGAGCUGGCUGUGGUUCUGCUCGUGCUUGCUGAGCCUGAGUGUUUUGACCCGGGCUCUGGAGCUGGAGCAGCUGUUUGAGUUCGGAGAAGAAGCCGGAGACCAGCAGCUGCAUCCCGGCUCGGACUCCACCGCCGAGCUGUCCCUCAACGGAUCUCUGUUCUUCUUCGGCGACACCUUCGACAAAGUUUAUAUUAACACAAAUGGAUUUGUGUCCAUUUCCGAGCCUCCGGCUGAGGAGGAGUACCUCGGGAAGAUGCCCGCCAGUUUCAAAAUGAUUUCCGCCCUGCUGGGAGACCUGGAGAACAGUGACGGACAGGGGAAGGUCCACUUUAGGUGGGACAGCAGCCCGGGAGCACUGAGUCAAGCUGCGGAGCACAUCAGGCAAGCUUUCCCAAGAGACGUCGGAGUGGAGCCCACCACCGUCUUCAUCGUGACCUGGGAAAACAUGGCCGCCCGCGGGACGUCGGGACGAGGAGACAGACUGGACACUAAGAGAAACACUUUCCAGCUAGUAGUGGCCUCCAUGGAGUCGUCCUCCUGCGCCAUCCUCUUGUACCCCCGAGACGGCCUGCAGUUCCUCUCCACGUCAGUAGGGGGCGAGAGUAAGCUCCUGGAUGCUAGCUUCAAUGAAGGCCUUGUGGAAGGCUGGUUCUGGCAGUCCAAGCAGGGGGUGUACUUCCGCAGCACCACCAAUGAAGAGACCUCCAUCAGGGAACUCACUGAAAAGACGAACUCAGGACAGAAUGGAGUUUGGGUGUACGAGAUCGGCUCCUCGCCAUUCUUUAUCUCCAUUACACCAGGAAUGGUCUCUAGCCUACCUGAGGAUGAGGAUGCCACUGAACCUCCUGUGACCAUGUUGCCAAGGCAAACUGAGAAAUCCCAGGUGGUACCAGAAGAAAAUGAUGAGUUCCCGACUGAGACUCCCAAUGAUUACCAACCCAUUUACCCAGAAGCCGAGACCAUCGCGCCAGUGUAUGUGGAACCGGUGACUGAAGAGUCGGAUUAUGAAGGACCGGGCCAGUUUGAGUCAGAAUACCCCGAAUCUGAGACUGUCACACCAGCAUACACCCAGAAGGUUCAACCAAGAUACCCAUCUGAGCCGAGAUACCCUUACCAAACCGAGACCAAAUACCCCGUUUCUGAGCCUUUGCAACCAAGAUACAACAAUGAGCCGAGGUACUCUGACCUUGAAGAAGUCCAACCAGUGCCUCCCUACUCCCGGCCCGGGCAACCCCAGAUCGUUGUGGUAGAUGAAGACGAUGAUCUCAAUGUGAACGUAUUUGCGUACAAUUCGGAGACGUGCGCCUACAACAGGCACAAAUGCUCGGCUUUCGCUGACUGCCGGGAUUACAGCCAAGGGUACUGCUGCCAUUGCAAGCCUAGCUUCUAUGGAAACGGCAAGGACUGUGUCGCAGAAGGAAAACCACAGAGAAUGAAUGGAAAGGUGAAAGGCCGAGUGUUUGUUGGGAACUCGCCUUCGCCGGUAGAGCUCAGUAACAAUGACUUGCAUUCGUACGUGGUAGCAAACGACGGACGGGCCUACGUGGCCAUCAGCAACAUCCCUGACGGCAUCGGCCCCUCCCUGCAGCCGCUGUCCUCCCUGGGAGGAGUCAUCGGCUGGGCCUUCGCCUUGGAGCAGCCCGGCUACCAGAACGGCUUCAGUCUCAUCGGCGGGGUGUUUUCCCGGCAGGCUGAGGUGAUCUUCCAGCCCGGUAACGAGCGUCUCAGCAUCAAGCAGCAGUUUAAAGGAAUCGAUGAACAUGACCACCUGGUGGUGAGCACCGAGCUGGAAGGACGUCUGCCCGCCAUCCUCCUGGGAUCCUCCGUCCAGAUCAGCCCAUACAAGGAGAUCUACCAGUACGACAGAAACCUGAUCACUUCCUCCUCCAACCGCGACUACACCAUCACCUCCCCUGAUGGCGACGUCCAUACCAGAAGCUACCAAUGGCGUCAGACUAUCACUUUCCAGAGCUGCCAACAUGACGAGGCUACGGCGCCGUCCACCCAGCAGCUCAGCGUGGACCAGAUCUUUGUGAUGUUCGAUGCCAGCAACCAACUGAUCCGCUACGCCAUGAGCAACAAGAUCGGCUCCGUCCACAGCGGUCUUCCAGAGCAGAACCCAUGUUUCACCGGCAGACACGGCUGUGACAUCAACGCUAUGUGCCGACCAGGUGAAGGCCUCCAGUUCACCUGUGAAUGUGCUUCUGGUUUCACUGGAGACGGACGCUACUGCCACGAUACCGACGAGUGCAGGGAGACUCCUCAGAUCUGUGGAUCCAAUGCCGUCUGCAAUAAUCAGCCCGGAACCUUCCGCUGCGAGUGUUCGACUGGCUUCGUGUUCGCCAGCGACGGAAAGACCUGCAUCGAGGAGAACCGUCCCGUGGACCACUGCCAGAGAGGAAGUCACGCCUGUGAUGCUCCUGACAGAGCUCUCUGCAGCUACACCGGGGGCUCUGCCUUCAUCUGCUCCUGUCUGCCCGGAUUCGUAGGUGACGGCCGGGUGUGUCGGGACGUAGACGAGUGUCAGCAGGGUCCGUGCCACCGCGGCGCCUUCUGCUCCAACACGCAGGGAUCCUACACCUGCCAGUGCCAUCCUGGUUCCCACGGCGACGGCUUCCAGUGCAGCCCCACGUCCUCAGAGAAGACCGCGUGUGAGCGUCACAGAGAGAGCACAGAGUCCACCACAGCCGGCCCCAGCUUCUUCUCUUUUCUGCGUCCUCGGCCAGCCGCCGGUCAGUACGUCCCUCAGUGUGACCAACGCGGAGCCUACGAGCCCACGCAGUGCCACACCAGCAUCGGACAGUGCUGGUGCGUGGACGCCACCGGCCAGGAGAUCCCCAACACCCGCACCGGACCGGGCAACAGCGCUCUGUGUAUCGACCAGGUCGUGACUACUGCUCCAGUUGGCCCGACCCCGCGGCCUGACGUUCACCCCGUCGCUCCGGGAACGCACCUGCUGUUCGCUCAGAGCGGGAAGAUCGAACUUGUACCUCUGGACGGAUACCACAUAAAAAAGGACGAGGCCAAACCUCUGCUGCACAUCCCCGACCGGGUGGUGAUCGCGGUGGCUUACGACUGUGUGGAGAAGAUGGUUUACUGGACCGACAUCACCGGGCCGGCGAUCAGCAGGGCCAGGCUGAGCGGAGGAGACAUCAUCCCCGUCAUCACUACAGAGCUCCAGAGUCCUGAAGGCAUCGCCAUCGACCACGUGGCCCGGCUCCUCUUCUGGACCGACUCCAUGCGUGACACGGUGGAGGUUUCCAAACUGGACGGCAGCCAGCGCCGAGUUCUGUUCGACACCGAUCUGAUCAACCCUCGGCCCAUCGUCACCAACCCGGCGUACGGGCGACUGUACUGGGCAGACUGGAACAGAGACGGGCCCAAAAUCGAGAUGGCAAAUAUGGACGGGACAGACCGGGUCGUGCUGGUUAAAGACGACCUGGGGCUUCCCAACGGCUUGACCUUUGACCUUGAAGACCAGCAGCUGUGCUGGGCCGACGCAGGAACUCGUAAGGUGGAGUGUAUGGAUCCUCACCGCAGGCUGAGGAGGCAGAUCGUUGAAGGGAUCCAGUAUCCCUUCGCUCUCGUCGCCUUCGGAAAGAACCUUUAUUACACCGACUGGAGGAGGGAGGCGGUGGUCGCUGUGGACCGUCACUCAGAGAAAGAGACGGAAGAGUUUCUGCCACAGAAACGCUCUCGCGUGUACGGCAUCACCACGACACCGGCACAGUGUCCACAAGCCUACAACUACUGCACCAACAAUGGCGGCUGCUCUCACCUCUGUCUGCCGCGGCUCGGCGGCUUCUCCUGUCGCUGCCCGGACGCCACCGACGGUCCAUGUGUGGAGAGCAACCUGUGAGGCCUGCAGAGCGACGACAACACUGCUGCUGCUGGGAGACAAAAAACAAAACACACUUAACUACAUUUUUGUGUUUUUCUACAUUUCUUACUUGAAUUGAACAUUUCUACAAUCAUUUUAGAGCUUUAUGUGUUUUGGGCUGUUCAGACUUCACUGUAUUUAUGACGUCACACUGCAGGUGAGAUGACUCACUUUGUUGUUUGUAAUCUGACUCCUGGUUGAAGAGUUUCUCCCCUAAAAGAGACCAAAGUGAAACUAAAUCUAAAAUACAGGGAAUCUUUUUAAAAAGACGAUAAAUCACAAACACUUUGAGCGACCAGGUGAUAAUAGUUUGAAAAGGUGAACGAUGAACUUAACGCUUCAAUUAUAUUUUAGAAGUGAUAUAACUGCGAAGAACAAUCCGAUAUAAUUCUACCAAUCGUCUGUAAUGAUUAAAUACUUGAGGGAAGAGUUCCGUUGAAAUGUUUGACAUUUAAAAAAAUAAAAUAAUAAAAGCCUUAUAAAGGUUUGUGAAAAUGAAAAACCUGAACAAAAAGUGUCAGAAGUCACUGAAGUUAUUCCAGGACAGCUGUGACAAAGCAAACAAAAUCCCAAACGUAAUCACAGGUGGUUCAGUCAUCGCAUCAUAAUAACUCACAGGUGUGGAGUCGUCUCGUGGAUGUGACUGCACCUGCUCAACGUGCUCGAGAGUCUCAGCAGUUUGGAGUUGUGGUUUAUUUGCCACUUACAGGAAAAUGAUACAAAAUACAAAUGCAUCAUUUUUUGGGUUUAUCCAAAUAUAUAUUGUAACAUAUUUAGCGAAGCCUGGAUUAAAUCUGUUGGAAGAAACUACAGAAAUGGUGAGAAAUGUGUGAUUUUUUUUUUUUUAGGAAUCCAUCCAAGAUUUUUGAGCCAAGUGGCCGUUUGAUGACACUUUACCGUCCACCAGAUUUAAUCUAAAUGUAAUCGUCCUAACAGCCAAUAAACACGAAACAGAGAUCACUGGAUGAUAAAACCUCAUCAACGUCGACCUUCACGCCAUUAAAACUUCUACUAGACAAAAGAUUAUGCUCUCAAACAAUUAUUUUUGACACACGAGAGAUUAAUGAAGAUAAAUAAGGUUUUCAUUGGUAAAAUAAAUCUGAGAUUAUUCUAUAUUUGAGCACUAUAUGAUACGGUUUGAUUAUCUUUCCCCCAGAACUGACCACUGACGUCACCACGUUGAUCUCGAGGGUGUGUGAGACUUGAGUAAAGGCUGAAAACGUUUAAAGACUUACAACAUUUAUUGUAUUGUUUGUAUUCGAUUUGUAUUUUUUAUAUGAACUUGUAAAUAAUUACCGAUAUUCUCUGAUGUUUUUAACGAUGUUGCCUGAGAUCUACCUGAUGAUGAGAUGACUGUGAAGGUGUGUGCAGGACGUGUCGAGAGAACAAGUUGUACGUGCUUGACAUGUAAACAUCUUCUUCUUUUUUUACGAUGAAGAUUUGAGCAGCGUUAGUUCCAGUCGCUGAUACGAGUGUGUUUUCAUCUAAAAUAAAGUAA